ACCAAAUGCGCAGGACGGACGCCUCUCAUUCACUGCUUUUUCGUGAGUUUGGAAACUUUGGAAGUGUGGAAGCUGCGGGAGCGCAACAGAAAGCGAGGACGCGUCGCGGCGCAGACAAAAGAGUCCAACUUCCCAACAUCUGGAGGACGGGGCGAGCCGCACGGACAAAGUUUGGAGGCGGAGGGAGAGAAAGCUGUCCGCUGCUGGAGAAUAAUGCGCUGAAGUGGGGGAUUGGGGUCACCUGCGUGAGCCGAGGAGAGGUCUGGUGACCGGAGGGCUGCAGAAGGUCCUCGGAGGGCGACACGUCCAGCUGGAGGGAUCAGAGGAUGAAUUAGUCAAACUCCGGGCGGCACUGAGUCCCACAGCCAGAGAGAAGGCUCGUUCCCCUCCUCCCUGAAGAGCCAGGCCCACGCCCAUGGAUGAGGAGAGAAGCGCCGCUGCCGUCUCCUCCCAUCCGCCUGGUGAUGGAGACCCUGGACCACCAGAUCCGCAACCACAUCCACACAAAACCCCCAACAGAGAGGCGGGGAGCAGCUGCCCCAACCAGCAGCCCUGUCCUGGAGCAGAUGUGGCCCACACCUAUACCGAGCCCCUCAUAUUGAGGUCAAACGGGACCCCGGAAAGGCUACUGAGCGAUAAUGGAGACGGCUGCCUUCACAACGGCACCCUCUCUCAUUCAGCGCUCACGACGCCCAGCAAGAGUAUCACGUCCCAGCCAGCAGCCAGGUCCACUCCCGUCCACCACUCCCAGCCGUGCCGGACGCAGCCCAGCGGCCAGCUACGCAACGGAGUCAAGAGUCACGCGAACCCACACCCCCCCAACACACACUGUCCCCACCACACGCACGUGCCUUACACACAUGCCCUCCAGGCCAACGGGGUGAAGAACGGGGGCCCUCAUCCAAAGCUGGGCUCCCUGCAGCGAGGAGGCUCGUCCACCUCCUCGUCCUCCUCCGCCGGGCCCAAACACACCAAGAAGCUGCGGUCCAACCCUUCCAUCACCUCCCAGAGCAGCAAGAGGAGCAAGAGCAGCUCCAAGAGCAACAGCUCCCAGAUUCCCACAGAGGGGCAGGAUGCAGACUGCUGUGUUCACUGCAUCCUGGCGUGCCUCUUCUGCGAGUUCCUGACUCUGUGCAACAUUGUGCUAGACUGUGCCACCUGCGGCUCGUGCGCGGGGGACGACUCGUGUUUCUGCUGCUGCUGCGCGUCGGAGGAGUGCGGCGACUGCGACCUGCCCUGCGACAUGGACUGUGGCAUCAUCGACGCCUGCUGCGAGUCGGCGGACUGCCUGGAGAUCUGCAUGGAGUGCUGCAGCCUGUGCUUCUCCUCGUGAGGCCCCCCCCCCCCCUCCCCCUCCCACAGUCAGCCGGCCGGCCUGGUUGGCUCUGCUAUAUGUCCGAUGUCUUCCUCCUAGCAGCAGAGAGCGGGCGCUGGUGAACUCCUCCCUCCCUUAUCGAUCACACAGCGGGAGAGUAACCCUCUCUGCUUCGCCUCUGCUGCUGGGUCAUUGUUUCACAGCUGUGCAGAGUGCAUUCCAGCUGUGGUCGGCGAGCGUUUGCGGAGCCGCGUGGCGGACCGGGCCCAGGAACCCUCGCUGAUCGGGCUAUUAUUACAAUCGAGCCCCUUGUGCCGUCUGAAUGACUGGAGUUCUCCAAGCAUGAAAAAUGACCUCCAAAAGGCAAAUGAGAAAAUGGCUCCAUUUAACCGGAUUUUAGUGUUUCUGUAGAUAAGAGCAGCUGCAUAAUGGGAAAAUGGUCGCUCAGAUCUCUGUAGAAACAUAGUCUGUCCUUGGCAAGGUUAAAGUCUUCCAUUUUGAUUACUUACAGCGGCCUUUGUGACACAGAGUCCAAGUGGGAGAUGUUGAAUCCAUCGCUGUCUUUUAUUCUUGUUGUAUUGUUCGGACUAGAGAAAACAUAAAUGAUGGCUCGUGGCAAUAUUAGAUUUCUUUUUUUUUUUUUUUAUUAACAAUUAUCCUUCCUUAACUGAUCUAUUCAGAGAACAAUCAAGAGAGCCUGCAGAUAUGUGUACUGUAACAGACAUCACAUCGCAAAUGGCUGACAGGCGUGUGUAAAGGACACGUUCUCUGAUCGAACAUGUGAAGGGAGAGCAUCCUUAAUCAAAGAUCUCUCCUCGCUUUCUGUCGCACGUCUUGUUUACUUUCACAUUUUAUUCGAGGGGCUUUGACUGUAUUCAUUGAAUUCCUGCUCAUCUGGUAAAGGACUGGAAGUCAUCACACCCCCCCCUUCACACAUUUCAUUUUUCUCUGUCGUUCUUGCGAUGUGAACAAAUGGCCUUGGCUUAGCUUAAGGCCUGAAUUUUCAAGUGGGCUCCUCGCCUUUACCAAAUCUCUAUUAAUCCUUGUUUUGUAGAUUUUAGUUAAGAUAUUUGCAUUUUUCCUCUAAUGUGAAAAUCACAUUUCUGUGUUAUCGGGUUUUGCUGGGCUCUGUGUAAAGCAGAAAUUGCUCAACAUCUAAUUUAAUUCCUCGAGUGAAAAUCUCAUGAUAUUAUGCUAAGUUAGAUCCAUAUGCUCGUAGUAUGAAUGGUACACUUUUGAUAACAGGCCUGCGCGCUCAGUCGCUCCGGUGCAUACCUUUUCCAACCCAAUACCUCUUGAGAUGUCACCUAGAUCUGUUGUGCAUUUUAAAAUGACUUGAUACAAAUCUCUCCCUCCUCUCUGAUGAAAUACUGUUACAUACUUUUUUUUUUUUUCCUCAGAAAUACUAAAGACUUGGCUCUUACUGGACCUUUGUUACUAGACCUGUAGUUACUUGUACAUAGAAGUGCUGAUGUGCCUUGCUAAUGCGGCGGUGUUUGAGUAAACCCUAUUUUAAGGGCUGAAUUCCAACACGGAGGAUCAGACUGUAAUCAGCUGGAUGACACCAAAGCCUGGCUGCGUUUUUGCAACUUGCAUUUACAUGCAAUGGCAAAGAUUUCCACUCAUGCAACUUAAUAUGACGUAAUAACUGUUUCUGUCUGUGGAGAUUGGACUGAGUGUGUUUCAGAUUUCUGGGACACUUUCACCCUCAACUGAGAAAAAAUCCUGGCGAGAUCUGGAAAACAGUGCUUUUUUUUGAGUAUUAAGAGAAAUUUAUGAAGGGAGAAUUGAUUAUUCAGUGUAAGGAUGUGUGUAGAAAUGACAAUAUUACAUGUUUUUAUUGACAAAGAUUUCAUAGUGCAGAUUGUAAUAAUGGUGGUUCAUUUGGGGACCAGCUCUCUGUCGCAGACCAACUUUGCCAGAAAAUGUUUCUGGUGUGUGUUAGGUCCGUGCAUAUGACUCCAACAACAACAACAACAACAACAAAAGCCAAUUCUUAACAACACUGUUUACGACUGAGCUAUCGAGUGUCCUCCUGGCUCACUUUAUGUCUAAAACAAUAGGUUCCCUGUUUUUGAACCCAACAGAUUUGACAUCCUGUUUCUUAACAUGUAUGACUGCAAAAACCACAUUCUCUCUCGAACUCAGCUUUUAAGACUUGUAACACUCAGCUGCAGCUGCUCUCUGGGCUCAAACGUGGAUCAAAAGCAUAAUCAUUUAUUAAGCUCUUCAGACGACGAGUGUGGGAACCUUACAAAGCACUACUAUGUUUUGCGAAUCAUCUCCUCCGGGGAUGCGGACCAUUUUAUUUUCUGCUGUGUAGUGGACACGUUGUCCACAGCCGUCUCCCUUUUCUCCUUUGAGCUACUCGGCUUAAUCCUGUUAUAUUUUAAAGAGGACAACCUGAUCUUUCCGGAUCUGUCAAGUGUUGUUGUGAGGAACUGAAUCACCCCUUUAACCCAUUCAAGUCCCUGCAGAAACGUACACAUUCCAGUAGAAAAUAGCAAAAAAUAAAUAAAAAGGAAACAUUACCCAGAAUGAAAAAGUAAGGUUUAAAAUCAGUGGAAUUUUGCUGUAGAAGAACUUAAUAUCAAAUGAGGGUUUUCUGUUUAGGAUGUAGCGUCAUCCAUUCUGUUGAGAAUGAGUUUAACAUGAUGUACGAAGGUACUGCGGAGAUACUGAGCACGAAAACUGGGUUCUAGAAAGCUACUGUGGUGAUGGUACAUUUUACUAAGGCCUGCAAUGCAAAACACUAAAGCAAUUUAUUUUAAUGAUGCUCAAAUACUUUUUAUGGCUUCACUCAUUAAAUACUACUUCAUGCUAUCCUGAGAGGUGCCUUGGAAUUUAUGGAGGGUGGGAGCAGCUUUUCCCCCAGAAAACACUGUUUACUUGGUCUGAUGAUGGAGAACUUUGCCUCAAUAGAACAAGUUCCCAGGUGAACUUUGAUCUUGCACUGCAAUCAAUCUAUUGAUUAUAGAGAGGAUUUUAAACCAUGGAUCUGAUGUUGUACCCGCUCAUCAUCUCAUUUCCAAAUAAUUCCCUUGUAUUUAGCCUAGCUAGUACAGACAUACUGGAAGAAAGUAAGUGUUUACUUCCCAUCAGUUCAGUAUUGUAGUGUUUUGUUAGAGUUGCAUCGACGAUGAAAAUGUCUGACUGACGUUUAUGGAUUUAUUAUAUCGUUAUGCCGUGCAGUUUAGAGAUGGAUUCAAAUGGCUGGCAUAUUCUGCAAAUAUUCUAAGAGUUAUAAGAAGCCCAGCUGAAUUAGUCCACUAUAGUGUCAUUUUGUUUACACGACCCUCAUUUACAGUCAGUUUGAGUUGCUGUCCUGGAAGUUGCAUUAACAUCUCUUUGUGUAAUACUGA